AUGUUGCACUACUUUAAUUUUGGGGAAUAUUCUUUUUUAAAUAGCAAUUUCGUUGAUUCGGACACUACUAAAUUUAAUGCAACUUCAGUAACCUUUUAUUAUCCAUGUUCUGAUAAGCAAAAUUGUUCGGGAUUUGAGAUCAAACUCAAUCCUGGACAUUAUUUAUUUGAAGUCUUUGGAGCUCAGGGCUCUCAAGACAGUGAAUCCCAAAAAGGAGGAUUAGGCGGUUACGGGCGGGCAGAAGUCACUGCUCCAAAAACAAUUCCUUUGUAUCUCUUUGUAGGUUCCCAAGGUAAGUGGACGGAUAGUGAUGCGAGUGAAGCUUCAUUCAAUGGUGGGGGAAAAGGAUACAAAUCAGGCCCAGGGGGUGGUGCUACAGACUUUAGAAUGUCAGAAAAUGACCUCCAUACUCGAUUUUUGAUUGCUGGCGGUGGAGGGGCCCAAGGAGUUGAUUCCGAUGUGUCAACUACUUCAGAAGGGAGUGUUACUAUUACGGGUCCUCCUGAUGAAAUUGAUGAUCCUAGUGAUGAUCCUUUUCAAAAAAGGCUUCAUGAAACAACAGCGAGAUCAACUCAAGGCGGAUCAGGAGGUGGGAAAAAUGGAGAGAAUGGAAGUAAAUUAGAUAUCACAGGAGGAACCCAAGACUCUGGAGGUAAUGGAUAUAUAAAUGGUUCAUUCGGGAGUGGAUGUAUACUUCAUGAAGUAGGGGCCCAUGGAGGAUCCGGAGGUGGACUCUUUGGAGGAGGGUGCGGGAAAGAAGGAGGAGUUUCUGGAUCUGGUGGCUCUGGCUUUUUUUACUCCGAUAAUAGAACACCAGAAAUAUAUGCAAUUAAAAACAUAAAGAUUUCUAACGGAAAUCUGUCAAGCGGCCAAAAUCUUGGCGAUGGAUAUGCAAUCAUAACUUUGCUUUCUUCGUUUUCAAAAAAUUUUCGAAAAAGAUUUAGCAAUUCACAUAUAGCUAUUAUUGUAAACUUUUUAUUUUGA